AUGGCGUGCACGAUAUCAUAUGAUGGUUCAAACUCUGGGAUCCAAGUUGGGCAGAACCUUGGUCAUAUCACUACUCAGUUCCAACAAUCAGAAACAUCAUUGAAUCAAGCUUGCCUGCGGGAUCUGCGGACCACUAAUCCUCGCCAUGACAAAGAUCGUAUUCAGAACACCAACGGAGGGCUGUUCAAAGACUCAUACUACUGGAUUCUAGACAACAAGGAGUUUCGACAAUGGCAAGAAAACCAGAACAAUUGUCUACUUUGGAUCAGAGGUGAUCCGGGCAAAGGCAAGACAAUGCUGAUGUGCGGUAUCAUCGAUGAGUUAACAAGAUUAUUUGGGGACACUGCCAAUAUCUCGUUCUUUUUUUGCCAAGCUACCGACGUGCGAAUCAAUAACGCCACGGCUGUUCUCCGUGGCUUAAUAUAUUCGCUUGUGGAGAAGCAGCCAUCUCUUCUCUCCCACGUGCAGAGCCAGUAUGACAAGGCGGGAAAAGCAUUGUUCGAGGAUAUAAACGCAUGGAAUGCACUUUUGGGGAUCUUCACAGAUGUUUUGAAAGACCCGGCCUUACAGAGCACCUAUUUGAUUAUCGACGCGCUAGACGAAUGCACAACAGGCCUACCUUCGCUUCUCGACUUGAUCACUGCGGUAUCGUCUGCUUACCCACAGAUAAAGUGGAUUGUCUCGAGCCGCAACUGGCCUGAUAUCGAAGAGCGUCUUGACACUACCCAGACCGCUCCAAUCUCAUUAGAGCUAAAUGAAGCGUCUGUAUCCGAAGCUGUGAGCAAAUUCAUUCAAUAUAAGGUUCACUAUCUGGCGAAAGUCAAGAAGUAUAGCGAUGAAACUCGUGAUACGAUCUGCCGUCACUUGUCAUCCAACUCGCAAGGCACUUUCCUUUGGGUAGCCUUGGUCUGUCAAGACCUUGAUAGAACAUCGCGGAGGCACGCUCUUAAGAAGCUGGAGGCAUUCCCUCCUGGACUGAAUGCCUUGUACGAUCGGAUGAUCGAUCAGGUUCGCAACUCGGAAGAUGCCGAGCUGUGCAAGCGAAUACUGGCUGUCAUGUCCAUAGUGUAUCGGCCUAUCGCGUUUGACGAGCUGGCCUCUCUUGUUAAGCUACCUGAUGAUCUCUCUGAUGACUCUGAAGCCCUAUCAGAGAUUAUCGCGAUUUGUGGCUCGUUUUUGACUGUGCGCGAAGACACUAUCAUAAUCGUCCAUCAGUCUGCAAAGGAAUUUCUUCUUAGAGAGACGCAAAAUGGGGUUUUUCCUGGAGGCAUAGAAGCUGAACACCAUACAAUUUUCUCUCGUUCUCUUCAAGCCAUGUUUAAGACACUUCAGCGCGACAUCUUUCAAAUCAAGUUUCCCGGAUUCCCGAUUGAGAAAGUUAUACCACCUAGUCCGAAUCCAUUAGCGGCUGCACAAUAUGCGUGUGUCUAUUGGGUUGAUCACCUUCAUCAUAGCGGAUGCCAUAAAAAAAAGGAUCUUGACGUUGAUGAAGGAGGGUGUGUUAGUGAUUUCCUACAAAAGAAAUACCUUCACUGGCUUGAAGCCCUGAGCAUCCUAGGAAGCAUAUCACAAGGCAUAACAGCUAUGCUAAAGCUGGAGGGCUUACUUCAGGGAAAAAAUGAACCAGCUGCCCUUUUACAUCGAGUUCAAGACGCCUCCCGAUUCAUUCGAUACCACAGGCUAGCAAUUGAAAGUAGCCCGCUUCAAGUAUACAGUUCACCUCUGAUAUUUAGCCCUAUGUUGAGCCUCACGAGAAGAUGUUAUCAAAGGGAGAGACCGGACUGGGUUUUGAAUGAUCCAUUGGUGGACGAAGAUUGGAGUCCGUGUCUUCAAACCCUCGAGGGGCAUAGCAAUUCGAUCCUCUCGAUUGCCUGGUCGCAAGAUGGAAGCCGACUCGCAUCAGCGUCCUCUGAUAAGACCGUCAGGAUCUGGGAUACGGCCACUGGCCAGUGCACGUCAACCCUCGAGGGGCAUAGUGAUAUGGUCCUCUUGAUUGCCUGGUCGCAAGGUGGAAGCCGACUCGCAUCAGCAUCCUCUGAUAACACCGUCAGGAUCUGGGAUCCGGCCACUGGCCAGUGCGCCUCAUCCCUCGAGGGGCAUAGUAAUAUGGUCCACUCGAUUGUCUGGUCGCCAAAUGGAAGCCGACUCGCAUCAGCAUCCUAUGAUAAUACCGUCAGGAUCUGGAAUCCGGCCACUGGCAAGUGCGCAUCAACCCUCGAGGGACAUAGCGGUUCGGUCAGCUCGAUUGCCUGGUCGCAAGAUGGAAGCCGACUCGCAUCAGCGUCCUCUGAUGAGACCGUCAGGAUCUGGGAUCCGGCCACUGGCCAGUGCGUGUCGACCCUCGAGGGGCAUAGCGGUUCGGUCAGCUCGACUACCUGGUCGCAAGAUGGAAGCCGACUCGCAUCAGCCUCAGAUGAUGAGACCGUUAGGAUCUGGGAUCCUGCCACCGGCCUAUGCGCGUCAACCCUCAAGGGACAUAGCGGUUCGGUCAGCUGGAUUGCCUGGUCGCAAGAUGGAAGCCGACUCGCAUCAGCGUCCUCUGAUGAGACCGUCAGGAUCUGGGAUCCAGCCGCUGGCCAAUGGAAGCCGACUCGCAUCAGCAUCCUAUGA